AUGGGCUCGGUGGGCGCGCGGAGGGCCCUGUGCGGGGUGGCGCUGCUCUGCGCGCUGGGCCUGGGCCAGCGCCCCACCGGGGGCCCGAGCUGCGGCCCUGGCCUCGUCCUGCGCGGGACCGGGACAGACAGGCGCUGCUGCCGCUUCUGCACCUCGGGUGAGACGCGGCCCGGCCAGGACGGCUGCUCUGAGUGGGACUGCACGUGUGUCCAGCCCGAAUUCCACUGCGGAGACCCUCGGUGCAAGAGCUGCAAGCGCCACCCCUGCCCGCCGGGCCAGAGGGCGCAGCCCCAAGGGGAAUUCAUUUUUGGCUUCAAGUGUGUUGACUGUGCCGCAGGGACCUUCUCCAGGGGCCAAGAGGGCCGCUGCAAACCCUGGGCAGACUGCUCCCAGUUUGGGUUUCUGACCAUGUUCCCUGGGAACAAGACCCACAAUUCCGUGUGCGCCCCGGAGUUGCCGCCCGCAGAGCCGCACGGCCCACUGGCCAUUGUGCUGCUCGCUGUGGCCACCUGCAUCCUCGUCCUGACCAUGGCCCAGCUCGGGCUGCACAUCUGGCAGCUGAGAAGGGAGCACACGUGGCCCCGAGAGACCCAGCUGCUUUUGGAGGCGCUGCCGCCGGCAGAGGACGCCUGCAGCUGCCAGUUCCCUGAGGAGGAGCGGGGAGAGCGGCUGGCAGAGGACAAGGGCCGGCCGGGAGACCUGUGGGUGUGA